AUGUCAGAUAAAAAACCUAAACAUAAGUCACAAGAUGAAGAGAAAGAAGUUGAAAAGACAGGUAAGAAAAUAGCUAAAAAGGAAGAAACAGGCUCAGAGUCAGAAGAAGAAAAGAAAAUUAUACACAAAGACAAAAAGGAAAUUAAGAAAAAAGCUAAAAAAGAGGAAGAAGAUAGUAGUAGUGAAGAAGAAGAAAAGGUAAGUAAGAAAAAAGCUAAAAAGGAAAAAAAAGAAGAAUUAAAACUUCCAUUUGAAGGUGACAAAUAUGUACAAUUAGGAGAAAGAAAAUAUGUUAGACUUAAUCAAUUUAAAGGGACAAAAUAUAUUGAUGUGAGAGAGUUUUAUGAGCGAGAUGGAGAAUUAAAACCAGGACAGAAAGGAAUUUCAUUAAAAGAUUAUGAGUUUGAAGAACUUGUUAACAACAUAGACAAAAUUAAGAAGUGGAUUAAAUAA